CGCCAUGACCUUUGCCUCCGUUGAUUGACCCUUGCCUCCUGAACACGGAGGUCAACUCUGCUUCGUCUGCUGUUUUUGAAGGCAAGGAGAUUGUGGAGGUUCGGAUUUCAAGAAACUUAAAUGUUGAUGUGAUAUGAGUAUCGCUACCUAGGCCUUCAUUUUUAUCUAUCCUUGAAAUUAGCAUUGUUGAUUCGAGCUGGCACUAUUUGCUCACAGAGCAGUUACUGUUUCCAAGUGAGGCAGCUUUCUGCAUCUAAGAGUUCAAGAAUGAGGCUCGUCCAGUUCCUGACUGUUGGUGAUCAGAAUGGAGUCAGAUUGGGAGUCGAGAAGGAUGGAGGAAGCAUUAUUGAUUUGAAUUCAUUUGACAGUUCCCUACCUCGAACCAUGAAGGAGUUUCUGGAAAUAGGAGACACAGCUCUGGAAACUGCGAGAAGAGCUGUGGAUUGUGGGAAGUACACCCGUUGUCGCUCAGAAAUAACACUUCUAUCACCAAUAACAAACCCAGACAAAGUGGUGUGUGUUGGAAUGAACUACAUGGAUCACUGCCUGGAGCAGAAUGUAGCAGUCCCAAAGGAGCCGGUUAUAUUUAGCAAGUUUGCUAGUUCCAUAGUUGGGCCUUACAGCGACAUCAUUCACCCAGAAGAGAGCAAUGAAGUGGAUUGGGAAGUGGAGCUAGCAUUUGUUAUUGGCAAGAAAGGAAAACAUAUUAAGAAGGAGGAAGCAAUGGACUAUGUUGCUGGAUUCACAGUCGCUCAUGAUGUCAGUGCACGUGACUGGCAGAUGAAACGGAAUGGCAAGCAGUGGCUCCUGGGUAAAACAUUUGACACAUUCUGUCCAUUAGGACCAGCCAUAGUCACUAGAGAUGCUCUCUCAGACCCCCACAACCUUGGGAUUCGCUGCCGGGUUAACAAAGAAAUUAUGCAGAAUAGCAACACCAAUCAGCUAAUAUUUAAAACAGAGGAACUUAUCGUUUGGGUGUCACAGUUUGUGACCCUGAAUCCAGGAGACGUUUUCCUCACUGGUACACCCUCUGGAGUUGGAGUAUUUAGAAAACCACCCGUGUUCCUCAAACGUGGAGACAUUGUGGAAUGUGAAAUUGAUGAAAUAGGAACCUUGAGGAACACUAUCAUUUAGGUUUACAGAGUGCUUUCAAACAAGACUGAUUUACCAGCAAUAUGGAGCCUCUUUUCACGAACAGAAACCAGGGCAUGGACAAAGUGGAGUUACAGUGCUUGAGGGAGAAAUCCUGUCCAAAGAAGUAGACCUCGUUUGUAUGCUGAUGACAGAAGUGCACUUCAAUUGGAAAUAAAACAUUCAGGUCAUGGUA